GAUUUUGCCAGAGUUCACGAAAUUUGUGAAUCUCCAUAUUUAUUAGAUUAGGGUUAGUUUCCAAAAAUUAGUUGGUUAGUUUUGCUAGUACAUCAUGUAGGAAUGUACGUAGUCCUUAGUCCUUACUCAUAAGUCAAAAUUGUACACUUCUCCGUAACUACAAUUUUAACUUCCCAUGCCACCAUCUAUAUCUCCUCAACUCUUCUAACCAAAAAAAAAUCUAUAUCUCCUCAACUCAUCCGGUCAUUUUGGCGGCACCAAAACCGCCACUUACCUUCACAUUCACUCUCUUACCCUCCUCGCUCUAAAAGAUUUCACACAAUCUCAGCACCGUGGAUAUAGCAGUUGUGUUUAAUGCCGUCAAUGAAUAUAGAGCCCUGGUCAUUGUUUUGACAUUUUUGUAUUCAUUCUUGAUUUCUUUCCAUAUCAUUGAUAGAUGUUCAGAGAGACUGAGGAGAAUAAUGGAGGGCUGCUCUGAGUUCUCUAGCCUUCUCUGCCAAGAAGACGAAACUUGCUUGAUCAAUCAAGUAGAAGAAGAAGAAGAUGAUGAUGAUAAAGAAUUGGAAAACAGGGCAAUCGAGUUCUACCCUUUUUUUGUUUCUGAGAAUGAAGAUGAGUACAUUGAGAACUUGGUUCUGAAGGAGAGCUAUUGCUUUGGAUCCAAAGGCUUUGUACCCUUUAGCCAUUGCUCUGCCACAAGCUGGUUCAAAGCUGCUCGCUUGGAUUCUAUCGAUUGGAUUUUCAAUGCAAGCGCAGAAUUUGGUUUCCGAUUGCAAACAGCGUACUUGUCUAUCGCAUACUAUGAUCGGUUUCUUUCAAAGCGAUCCAUUGAUGAUGGGCAACUUUGGGCUUUCAGACUACUAUCAGUGGCAUGUUUAUCCCUGGCUGCUAAGAUGGAAGAAAUCAAAGUACCAUCUUUGUCAGAAUUUCAGGUCCAAGAUUAUGACUUUGAGAGCAGAACGAUUCAGAGAAUGGAGCUAUUGGUGUUGAGUACAUUGGAGUGGAAGUUGGGUUUAAUCACUCCUUUUCCUUAUCUCCAUAACUUCAUCAAUAAAUUUUGCUGUGAAUGUGAAUCUAGACCAAAAGGACUAGUCUCUGGUGCCAUAAGACUCAUUGUUGGAAUGACAAAAGAGAUUGAUUUAACAGAUACUCGACCAUCUAUUAUUGCAGCAGCUGCAAUAUUAGCACUAGAUGAUGGUCAAUUGACUAAAAACCUUCUGGAGCUUAAGAUGAGCUCCAUCUCAUUCUGGCAUUCUGAAGAUCAUGAUCAUAUAUAUUCCUGUUACAAUCUUAUGCAGAAUAUUUUGGAAAGGAAAGAUAAGACACCACCCAAGUUUUCACUCUCUUCCUCUUAUGUGUUACCAACACAGACAAGCACAAUUGAUGUGCUUGAAAACACAGUGGGCACAAAGAGAAGGCUUACCUUCAGUGACUCUGAUGACCUCAUCAGUUGCCCUACAAAGAAAAUUCACAUGCCAUAGUUAGCAGGGUUUGUUCUUCUGCAGAAAAAAAAUAUUGAUUUGUGUUCAUUGAUUAGAUUAUAGAGUUCUUUACAAAUGAGAAAUGAUUCUUGAUAUUAGGUGGGUUUUAGGUCUAAUGAGAGUGUUAUAUUUACCAAUUUUUUGGUAUAUAUGAUGUGCAGUUUGGUGAUUGGGAUUCCAAUUUCCAAUACCAAGCUAAAGUUUUCAGUUGGUGAGUGGUGAUAACCAAGAGAAAAGGGAAAGUAAAUAAAUAAAAGGGUAUGAGCGCACUACUUUAGCCUAUAGGAAGAAGUAAGAAGCUGACUGAGGUUCAAAGCCAAUGAGAAGGGGAAUGAGUUUGAAGGCCAAGAGAGUUUGCUUCAAGGCCAUUGAUGACACUUUUUCUAUAAGUGAUCUUUAGUAGUAUUUGCUUUCACAUAAAUGCUACUAUUGCUUGCCACAUCUUUUUUCAAUUUGGUGUGUUUUUCUCCUUGCUGUUAUUAUUUUAUUAUGUCUAUGUUUCAUGAAAGAGAACAUUUAUUGAUGUACUUAUUCAUCACUUGCAACCCUGCUUUUUAUGGGGGGCUUGGGAUGUUUCCUAUCUGUCUUUCAAAAGGCUGAAAGCCAUAAGGGAAUGAAGAAUUGUUUUUCUUUGAUUUGAUA